AUGUCCCUGGGUUUCCGGCUCUACAACGCUUAUCCCAGCGAUGUUAGCACCCUAAAGAGCACCCUGGGCUGGCUCUCAGAAGGUGAGCCCCCCAGACCAAAUUACACCUCCCAGAAACACACAAAGGGCAUGGCCGUCACUGUAGCACUCACCUCUGAGCUCUCAGUGCAGACUGGGGCACUGCUGGAGCUCUACAGGACACCACAGCUCCACCAAUUCCUAAAACACACUCAACUGGAAAACAGCGCUGGAGAACAUGUCUCGCUGGAUGAAAACAGAUAUGAGGUGUCACGAUAUGAGAUUUUAAAUUAUUUGAACUUCCCUGAAGGUUUUGAACUUCACGUGAAAGUAGGAGAGCUCGUUUCCCAGGGCCUACAUGGUCACAGUUUGAUGAUUCGGGUAAAGCUGAUAGAAUGGCCUACUGGAUUCAAAGAGACUCCCUGCUCUGUGUGUAGCAAGAAUUGUGGCUUGGGACCCCAGAAAAUUCCUCAGGAGGGGAAGCCUUCCUGCUGCUUUGAUUGCAUUUUGUGUCCAGAAAGAGGAAUAUCUAAUCAAACAGAUAGUGAUCAAUGUAUGGAGUGCCCCCAAAGUCAGUACCCCAACAUGGAGAGGAAUCGCUGUCUACCCAAAAGUGUGACCUUCCUGGAUUAUCAAGACCCACUGGGAAUGGCUCUGGCCUGCACAGCUCUGGGCUUCUCUGUCAUCACUGCCAUGGUUUUGUGGGUCUUUGUGAAGUCCCGAGACUCCCCCAUAGUCAAGGCCAACAACCGGGCCCUCAGCUAUGUCCUGCUCCUCUCCCUCCUCCUCUGCUUCCUCUCCUCCUUACUCUUCAUCAGCCAUCCAAACACAGUCACCUGCGUCCUCAGCAAUAUCUCCUUCGCAGUCGUAUUCACUGUAGCUGUUUCCACUGUUUUGGCCAAAACCAUCACUGUGAUUCUGGCCUUCAUGAUCUUGAGACCUGGAGGAAUUCUGAGGCAGCUGCUGGUGUCUGGGGUUGUAAACUCCGUGGUUCCCAUUUUCCUUACCCAGUUCAUUAUUUGUGGCAUCUGGCUGGGGAUCUCACCCCCUUUCAUUGACAUAGACUCAUCCUCUGAACCCAGGAGCGUCAUCGUUGAGUGCAACAAGGGCUCAGUCACUGCUUUCUACUGCGUCCUGGGAUACCUGGGAUCCUUGGCCUUGGGAGCCUUUUCCUUGGCUUACCUGGUCAGAAACUUGCCUGAUACCUUCAAUGAGGCCAAGUUCCUGACGUUCAGCAUGCUGGUGUUCUGCAGUGUCUGGGUGACCUUCUUCCCUGUCUACCACAGCAGUCGGGGCAAGGUCAUGGUGGCUGUGGAGAUCUUCUCCAUCUUGGCCUCCAGCAUGGGGCUUCGCUGCAUCUUUGCCCCAAAGUGCUAUGUUGUCUUCCUAAGGCCAGAUGGAAACACCUCAAAAGGUUUAAAGAAUAAA